AUGGCGGGGAGCUCGGGAGGCCAAGUUUUGGCGGCAGGCAAGCGGGCUGGGUUUCUGGCGCCGGAGGCGGCGGAACGCGGGGCAAAGAGGGCGCGGGGGGGAGGCGGAGAGGAUGGGCAGGAAGGAAGCUCCUUGGGCCAACAGUUAGGGACACAGCAGCUCACCAGGCAUUCCAUCAGCAGAUCAUCUGGCAACAGCCGUGCCAAUUCUGAACUCCAGGCGGAAAAUCAAUUGUUGAGGGAAAGCAUUUCACUGCUGCACCAACAGGUGGAAGAAACAGAGAGGCUGGCUCAGCGGCGGCUGGCUGUGGCACAGGAUGAAUUGAGGUGUCAUAAAUCAGCCAUCACUCAUCUGAAGGAGAGCAUGGACUAUCUUGCAGCAGGGCUGGAGAACAUGUCAACUAGUGUAGCCAAGUACCAUCACGAACUGUUGCUGUUCAAGAAGGCGGCUAUACAGGAUGGCCAGCAGGUGCACUCAAUUUACAAUUUGGAGUGUGGAAACUCAAGGGGAGAGGCAAGCUGGCAAAGGGAUGAGUCAGAAGAGCCAGAAGACCCUGCAUCUCAACGUGAGGGUGGAACUGUGGCUCCCUGCGGGGAGUGGGCAGACGUCUCCAUGCACAUACUGGACACCAUGAAAGCUGCGUUCGUAAAGGGGGAAGGAAAGGCAGCUUGGCAAGAUGUGAUGAAGGUGGCGCGUCAGGUGAACAGGCAUUGGUACCAGUGGGCGAACGGCGUGACUCGGCACGUGACUCUCAAGCCUGUUUCCGCUGGCCUGGGCAUACCGUACCAGAAUGCCACGAUGCAACGGAUACUCCAUGUGUUUCCGCAAAUCGAGGAGCUCACACUGCCCCACGGAUUCAAAAUCACAAAGGUCGGGCACAGGUGCCUUCGAAAGCUGUAUGAGCUGAGGCGCGUCGAGAUGACGGGCUGCAAGGUGGUGGAGGACGGCCUGAAGUGGCUGCUUCGGGUGAGGACGCUGAGGAGCCUCGUCCUCAACAUGCAGUGGCGAGCUACUGUGACAGAGCAGGGAUGCAAUGUCUUGCAGCACCUGACUCGCCUGGAGGAGCUGCGCCUGGAGGGGCUGCCGCGAUUCUGGCGCUGGGAAUCAAUUGACAACCUAUCGAGACUGACGUCCCUUACGAGCCUCAGUCUGCGUUGCCGCCAAAUCGAAGGAAACUUUGUCCCCUUGUACAUGACCCGGGGCGGCAGAAUCUGCGAGCAGCCGUCUCUCACAGACUUGACCAUCGUUGGCGCUGGGGUCCCGCCCGACAUAUUUACACAGAUGGCCAACCAUGCCUCCCUGACAUCCCUCUGCCUGCGCAGCUGCGGCAAUGGUGUCAACGACGACGCCCUUGGCCGUCUGGCCGGAAUGACAUGCCUGCGAUCGUUGCGUUUGAUGUAUUGCCCUGCUCUUGAGGGCCACGGCCUUGAUGCCCUGACGUCGCUGCGCUCCCUCCGCCUGGAGCACUGCCCCUCGAUCCAGGCCGAUUGGGAGCCUGCCUUGACGUCGCUCACGUCCUUCAAGCAGGACUUCUGUGGAAUGGAAGUUGGUGCGGAGACGCACGAUCCAUUGAUGUGGUGA